AUUGCUGAAAAAGCUAUUCUUAUUUUUGAAUUAACAUAUUUUAAAGCUAUUACUAUAUUUGUUUUUGAUAAUUCUUCUUCAUAUUGUACUUAUGCUUUAGAUGCAUUUAAUGCAAAAGCAAUGAAUGUAAAUCCUAGUAGAAAAAACUAA